GCAGGAGCAGCAGGAUGCUGAGAAAGAUCCCUGGAGGAGGGGAAGCUGUGGGAGGGGGGCCUUGGACCUGGGCCUGAUCCUGGAUUGUCAGCUGCUGCCCUGUGCCUCAGUUUCCUUCUUUGUCAGAAAGGGGAUCCUAGCACCUCCAUUCCAGGUCUUUGGGAGGAUGAAUCCAUUGACUCAAUCAAUGGACACAUUAGGUAUUGCAGCUUCCAGUCUAGAAGAAGCAGGGCAGGGUUGGAAGGGAAAAUGGGGGUGGCGGGUCGAAGGCUGCAGCCCCACCCCAAGUUUGGGGGACACUUAGUGUAUAACUCCUCCCCCACCAGCGUUCUACACCUAGGGACCCUGGCGGAACUCCAUUUCCCAGAAUGCCUGUCAUGAUUUCUUGCAAGCCUUGGCUCCUCCCCCUGUGGAGGACUCCAUUUCCCAGAGAGCCUGUUUCCUGACUUUUCCCUAGUCCUGACUCUCCCUCUUAUGACAGCCUCAAAGCACUCUGGGAAUCUCCUGUGGGCAGCCUCAGCUCCUGGAAGGUGCACAGUUGUGGUUCUUGGACCUUUUCUAGGUGUACAAGGAGGAAGUCUCCCCACUUUCAAGCUGCCACCCCCUGAAGGAGCCCAUUGUGGCCCAAGCAGAGAGCCCAGAGCCAGAGGGAAUGCCCCCCAGGACUCCGAGGUCCCCUUCCCAGGGGUCAAUAACAUUCAAGGAUGUGGCUGUGGACUUCACCCAGGAGGAGUGGCGCCUGUUGGAGCCUUCUCAGAAAGAGCAGUACAGGGAGGUCAUGCUGGAGAAUGCCUGGAAUCUGCACUCUGUGGGGCUUCCAGUUCCUAGAGAAGAUAUACUCUCCUCUUUUCAACAAGGGGAAUCCCCAUGGCUGCUAGAGGAAAAAAGCCCAAGGAACUCCUGUCCAGAGGUAGAGACCAAUUUUGAAGUGAAGGAAAUGUCUACAAACCUGACUCUUUUUGUGGAAGAAUGUGGCUCCCAAAGAUGCAUGAAUGAGGGUCUCUUUGACUUCAUUUUCAGAGAAAUAUAUGACUCUGAUGUCAAGGGAAAUAAAAAUUCAAAAAGUCUUUGUGAAUUUGAUGAAACUGCAGAGAAAUUCAGCCAAUAUUCAGUCUUAAAUCAGUAUAAGAAAUUAUCCUCAAGAAAUGACUGUUUUCAGGAUAGUGAAUACAGCACAUAUUUUCCUAAAGAAGUUGAAUUUGUUCAGUCCCAGGAGAAACUUGAAAUGCCCAUUUAUGAAGGUGAUCUAAGGAGAAUGAUAUUUGGCCAGAGUUUGGACCACAUUAAACAUAAAAAGAUAAGUCCUGGAGAAAUGUUUUCUAUGAGUAGUAAAGGGGGUAAAGCUUUAAGUCAGAACUCUGGGCUUGGUUCAUAUCAGAUAAUAUAUUCUGGAGAGAAACCUUAUGAAUGUAAACAAUGUGGCAAGGCUUUCAGUCUGAAGUGCAGACUUACUAAUCAUGAGAGACUUCACACUGGAGAGAAACCUCAUCAAUGUAAACAAUGUGGAAAGGCUUUUGCUCUAAAGGGCAAUCUUGUCAGGCAUCAAAGAAUCCACACUGGAGAAAAACCUUAUAAAUGUAAAGAGUGUGGAAAGGCUUUCAUAGAGAGCGGCCAUCUUUCUGAACAUCAGAGGAUCCACACUGGAGAGAAACCUUAUGAAUGUAAACAUUGUGGAAAGACUUUUACAUGGCAGGACAGUCUUGUACAACAUCUGAGAAUUCACACUGGAGAGAGACCUUAUGAAUGUAAACAGUGUGGAAAGUCUUUCACAUGGCAUCGCAGUUUUGCAUUACAUAAGAGAAUUCACACAGGAGAGAAACCUUAUGAAUGUAAACAGUGUGGAAAAGCUUUCACCGUAAGGGGCAAUCUUGACAGCCAUCAAAGAAUCCACACUGGGGAGAAACCUUUUGAAUGUAAACAAUGUGGAAAGACUUUCACACUGAGAGGUAAUCUUGCCAGACAUGAAAGAACCCACACUGGGGAGAAACCUUUUGAAUGUAAACAAUGUGGAAAAGCUUUCACACAGAACUUCAGUCUUUCUGAACAUCAGAGAAUUCACACUGGAGAGAAACCUUAUGAAUGUAAACAGUGUGGAAAAACUUUCACAAUGAGAGCCUAUCUUGUCCAACAUUACAGAAUCCACACUGGAGAGAAACCUUAUGUAUGUAAACAAUGUGGAAAAGCUUUCACACAAAGGGCUGCUCUUGCUGAACAUAGGAAAUUCCACACUGAAGAGAAACCUCAUGAAUGUAAAGACUGUGGAAAGUCUUUCAAACGGAGGGGUCAUCUUGCCAAACAUCAGAGAAUCCACACUGGAGAGAAACCUUUUAAAUGUAAACAGUGUGGAAAGGCUUUCACACAAAGGGCUGCUCUUGCUCCACAUCAGAGAAUCCACACUGGAGAAAAACCUUAUAAAUGUAAACAAUGUGGAAAAGCUUUCACACAGAAGGACCAUCUUACUAAACAUCAGAGAAUCCAUACUAGAGAGAAACCGUGUGAAUAUAAACAAUGUGGAAAGACUGUUACACGAAGCUCCAGUCUUGUACAUUAAAGAAUCCACAGGGGAUGGAAAAGUUACAAAUGUAAAGAGUGUAGAAAGGCUUUUACAAGAUGUUGGAGUCUUGCCAAAGAGAAUUCACACUAUAGACAAACUUUAUGAAUAUAAACGGUGUGGAAUUGCUUUCACAUUGUGGAACAGUGUUGCAAAUUGAUAUUAGAGAAUGUGCACGAGAGAAACCUUAUGAAUGUAAACAGUGUGGAAAUGUUUUCACACAAGGGAGCUAUGUUGCUAAAUAUCAGAGCAUCCACAUUGGAGAGAAUUUUUAUAAAUGUAAUCAAUUUGGGGACAGUUUUCACAUAAAGCCCCACAAUUGUUUUGUGUCAGAAAUCCACACUGGAAAGAAGCAUUCUGAGUGAGGCUGAGCUUUCAGUAGUUGCCACUCUUAGAUCACUUAACAGACAAGGAUCUACACUAGAGAGAAAUUUUAGGAUAUAAUUUAAUGUGGUAAAGCCUUCAGACAGCAAUCAUCUCUUAUUCCCAACCUGAGAAUUCUUUCUGGAUAGAAGUCUUGUCCCUGUCAUGAAUGAGAAAAAGACAUUCAAAUGGAGAGUUCAGAGCUUGUUCAGUAUGAGAAAAUGCUGAGGAGACUAGUUCCAUAUGGAUUCCCUGUGUGAAGACUUUUAAGCAGAGAUCCUGACUUUAUAUCAGAGGAUUCAUAGUACAGAGAAACCUAAUGAAUGUACUCUUGGGGGACAUGUUUUCCUUAGGAGGAGGUUGAUCACUAUUUUAUAGAGAAAUACAAAUUAAAACAACUCGGAGUUACCACCCCACUCCUAUCAGAUUGAUUGUUUUGACAAAAAAGGACGGUGAGAAAAGUUAGAGGAAAUGUGACAUAAUUGAUAUACUAACAAACAAUUGGGGAAGUUGUGAUAUAUUGCUUUAGGCUAUUUGCUAGUAUUUUAAGAUUCUUACAUCAAUUUUUAAUAAGAAAAUUGGACUGUAAUUUUCUCUCUCUGCUUUUGGUCUUCCUGACUUAGGGAUCAGCACCAUAGUUGUGUCAUAAAAAAGAAUUUCUUAGGACUCCUUUGCUUAUUUUGUGAAAGAGUUUGUAUCAUAUUGUGGCUUUGCACAUGUCUGUUGAAGGUCAUAUUCUCAAAUAAUUAAAUCUUGACCUUUGCUGCAGCCCUUCCUAAAUCCUGUUAGACUGAGUAGGGUGGAGAUUGUAAGUUCCAAGACCUGGUUCUUUCAUUCCAAGUAUUUCUAUUGUAUCAAUUCUAAAAUCAAUCAUGACUCAAAGAACUUCCUGUUCUAUGCUUAAGCAUAGGUCAAAGCCCUUUCCAUUGUUUAGCAAAAGGUUUCUGUCCUAAAGUAGUCUUAAGUAGAACAGAGAAGGAUCCUCCCAUGCCAAGGGGUUUCACAUUCCAAUAGAGUUCUUACUAUCAGUAGGAAAUUUUUUCCAAGUAUGAAAUUUCCCAAUGCUGAAAUUUCCAACAUUCAUAAGUCUAAGAAAUUUUAAGGUUUACAAAAGACAGACAAAAACAAAGUCUUUUGCCUGAGGCUGAGGCUCCUUUCAAAACUAAGUUUGGGAGAGGUCACAAGUGAUCCUUCCUUAGCCCUCAGGCUAAAACUACUAGGACCAUGUGCUAUCCUCUUUGAGCAAAGCCCACUUAAAUUUUUUAAAACUAGAGUCUGAAAAGCAGGAAAGUGGGCUUUAAGCUGGCUCACUACCUUUACUCUGGUGAUCUAGCCAUUUUUGUUUUGAGAGAUCAAAGCAAGGACUCCUUUUCCCAGAGUUUCCUCACUGCUGAUCAGCAAGGGUCAGCUAAUUAGAUUGUUUGUUCCCUAUUUAUAAACAGGUUCCCCAGCUGCUGCUUAAGGUUAAAAGGAAAAACUGCUGUUUUCAAUUCAAUUUAAGGAGAAAAAAGAAGUGAAAAAAUUGUUUUAUACUCCCCUGCUGUAGCAGCUGCGUUUUGAAGCCAAGUUAGCUGUUAAAAAGGCUGACUGAGUGAGGAGGAAGUAGAGUAAGAGGAAAGAAAAUUCGGGAAAUUUUUGAGGGCACUCAUCACAGCCUUCACGGAUUAGCCAGACUGUAAAGGUUAAAUUUAGGGUUGAGAUUGAAUGUAAUAAUUAUUGGUCGCCAAGGAUUUAAUUUCUUAAAUCCUAAAUGAAACACUCAAGUCAGAAUGAAAUUUUAUGGUGACUUAAUUACAAUAGGAGGAAGAAAUUAAGAAAGAGAGAGAAUUAACUCAAAACUGCUCCAGUUCAAGCUGAGCCAGAAAGGACUUCAAGGCCUUGGCCAAGGGUGGCCUUCCCCUGAGAGCCAAGGGAAAGGGGAGUCAGUCUUUUCACUCAUGUGACUGAUUCAAGGAAGCUGUCUGAGGGAGCUCCUCCACCACGAGUUCCAGGAUCAAACUGGCUUCAUCCCUCUCCAAAGGAAGUGACAGGAACUCCAGAGGCAGUUCUCUACAUCACUUCCUGCGUCUUACAUAUAUGCCAAUGGUGGCUCAAGCUUGGCUUAGGACAGCCCAGGGAACAGUCAGUUUCUGAUUUGUCAUUUGCUAGCACAUGCCAGUGUAGUGUGGGUGUGUACAUUCCUGGGUGCUAGACUAAGCAAGAUGGAGAAAAAUCUAAAAAUCACACAGAUUCCUUUAAGUCUUAUGCACUUUCAGGAUAUGCUUUCUUUCUGUAUAUGUCAGAUAAUACCCUAUUAAAACACCACAUUCAAGUAAAUGGAUCAUAGGCCAUUCUUUCCUACUGAUAAUCAAAACUCAGGAUUCAUCUACUUGACUGUUUAAAUGGCUAAAAUUCUACAUAUCUGCAUCUUCAAUUCCCAUCUAUUUCAGCAUUAUGCCUACCUGGGACUUUUUACCUUUCAUGAUUAUAGAAAACUUGUCAUAUGGGGAGACAAGAGGGACAUAACUACAAUAAGGGAGGAGUGCUCCCCUAGUUAGGAGUAUUAAUUAAUGGUACAUAUCAGUUGGCAAUGAUGUACAGCCAUGUAUAAACUUGCCAGAUAUACAACUGAAGUUUCUUUCUAGGGACUUCAGUGGAGCACCCUCUCAGCUUUCCCGUGUAAAUGUUAAAAACUGUAAGUGCCAAAAAAAUGUGGUUUUCCAAGACUGUGAAUUGCCAAAACUGUAAAGGUUUUGGCCAAACGGUAAAGAUAAUUUUUAGUGUCUUGAUUUAAAAUCUAAAAUUAAGUGGUCGCCAUGGGAAGAUUCCCAAAUAUGAAAAUACCCAAGUCAGCUGGAUUUUAUGGAGAGUUUUAAUUAAUAUAAAUGAAGGAAUUAAGGGAAGGAGAGAGAGAGAAAAAGAAAAUAGUAGAAAGUUCCUAGGCCAAAUGGCCUAGGCCUGAGCCCAAGGGAGAGCAGGUCAGUCUUUAUCACUCACCAAAAGAUUGUCUUCAAGCAAGCUCCAAACCUCUGAACUACAACUACAACUAACUUCUAAUCCAAAAACUACUCCAACUCAAUAAGUCCCUUCCUUUUAAAGAAAUUUUCUCUUAUGUCAUCUCCCCUAAAUUUUCGCGUCUACCAAUCACAGUAGACACUUUUUCCCAGGACUGCUCAUUCUUAGUUCUCAUCUUUUUUUCUCACCUUCUCUGGUUAGAUUAAAUCUACUGAGUACUUCAUACCUUUUGUGUUAAGCUUGCCUUUUGUAAGUUGCUUGACUUUUUAGGUACUAAUUUAACCUUUAUAGGUACUGAGCACCUUUUUGUAUUAGAUCUAAAAAUAGAUCUAGCUUAAGGUUUUAGCUUCACUAUAAGUAUGAGUUAGGGAGUUUUCAUUGUUCAAUCAGGAGCAUUCAACUUUAUCUUCCCCUAAAGCACUGUCUGAGUAGGGUGGAUUAAUUUUAAAAGUUCUCAAUACAUUCCUGACCAAAAAGCUCCGUUGUUAAAAAUGGGGAAUAACAAUCAAAUCUUCUGAAGUAGAGUCUGAGUAGUUUUAAGAUUCACAAUCCCCCCAAUGAUCAUUGGGAGACGUCUCCCCAUUGAUCAUUUAAUAUAAUAAUCUUGUAGUCCUAAACCACUUCUAACUACAGAUGUAUACAAUAUUCAAUUUCUAAGAAGAAAUUACAGUAGUUAGGGAGGAAUAGAAAAGAAAGAAAGCAAAACCAAUGUUUUGCUAGGCACAUUGACAGAAAGCCAAAUUAGGGGCAGUCCCCUUUGGCAUAAAAGUGUACAUUUACAAUAAAUGUUCAAUCAAAGUUCAGUUCAAUCAACCAUAUCCAAAGUUCGUUCUGAUCUUCUUGAUGUAGUGUGGGUUUUCUGGCAUCUUUCUGCAACAGUUCAUUCUCUGAAUAUUCUCUGGAUUUAGGAAUUAGCAAGCUUCUUUCUUGAAGAUCUUUCUCAAAAGAAAAAUCAAAAUCUUGGAUUUUAUUUAAAAUACAUGCAUGAUACCAAGCUAUACCUGCAGUUACCAAAAGACGCCCAAGUGGCUGCUUGCAUCACCAAUUAAUUUUUUCCAUAGCAUUUCUUCCAAUUACAUUUCAUACAAUUUAACCUCAAAUGGUAGCUCUCUCCAUUACAUUUAGGGUUAGAACCUAUCUUUUGUUGUUAACAAUCAUAUCAAUAAAAAUUAUCAGGUUCUUCU